AAGUAUCACUGUUAAAAUAAAGUAAAAAAAUGAUAAUAACAAAAGUGAUUAUGCUUAUUGUAUUUUUCUCUUUAUCAAACUCAAAUACUAGCUUUAUGCCCAACUUACCUUUGGGAGAAUAUCGUAUGGCGUUUGAGAAAAUAUAUCCCUGUGAGUCAAAAAAUGUAUUUCAAUUAAAUUUUUACUUUAGUAAAAAGACAUUAAGUUUAACUGAGAUAAAAGGAAAUUUAACAUUCUUGUUACCUUUGGAUGACACUCUAAUACUUGAUGUAAACGCUGCAUCUUGGGAUUCAAUUGGGGGUUGGAAACCAAACUCUAUGGUUUACACCUCAAAGAAUGCAUGUAGUAAUUGGAAAAAACUCCUAGGGAACGUAUGGAAUUCAAUACUGAAGUCUUAUAACGUUUCCGAUACUAGCUGUCCAAUACCAUCGGGAAAUUAUACAACAACAGGUCUUGACAUAAAGAAAUUAUCAGAUCAUAACUUUCCUAAGGUGUAUUUUUAUGGAAAAUAUAAAUUAACAUGUAAGAUAAAAAAUAUAAAAAAUGAUGUACUUGGUUGUGUAGUACUUGAGUAUAGUCUUUUACGUCCUUGGGAAAAACAAUUUGAAUAA